AUGCAUUUCACAUCGACAACCUUCUUCCUCACCGCAGCCGUCAUCCUGCAAGGCGCUACAGCUCAAUUUUGCACGGGACCCCCCGCAGAUUGCAACUUCGAGGACUGCCGAAUCAACUACGCUGAUCCGUGGGCAGCCUGCAAAACAAAGUGCACCCCCAACUCGGGUAGAGAUGCUGCUGUAUCCUGCUGCUCUGGGGCUCUGUACUGUCCCGCUUAG